AUGGACAUCUGGCAUCAUAUACUGUCCCUUCUGCCACUGGCAGAUGCUGCGCGAGCUGGCUGUGUGUCUCAAACAUUUCGAAGCUCCUGGAGAUCCCAUCCUAACCUCACCUUAAGUAUGGAAACGCUGCGCCUCGAUGGAGAUACAUGCAGAGAAGAUAAACUGGCACGGGUUUUCACCAAGAGAGUCAACCGCAUUAUGAGAAAACACUCAGGCGGCGUGAAGACAUUCAACCUUAGUUAUAAUUACCUUCGUUCUUUUCUGGACACCAGUUAUCUCAACAGGUGGCUUGAGAUUGCUGUUACUACGGGGAUUGAAGAGGUCAAACUUUCAAUGCCUCUAGGACGCACCGCGGUUCGUUACGAGUUCCCAUGCCCGGUUUUAUCCAACGGGAGUGGAAACUCGAUUCGACAUCUUCACCUCAGCCGUUGCGCCUUCCAUCCCACGGUCGGGCUUCGUUGCUUGACAAGGCUGUUUCUGUUGGAGGUGCACAUCACGAGAGAUGAGUUAGGGCACCUUCUGUCCAAUUCUCUUGCUAUGGAAGAGUUGUGUCUCAAUAGUUGUCAUAAGAUAAUUCGCCUCAAGAUAUCUUGCCUGCUACAUCGGUUCAGCUGCCUGUCAGUGUUUCAUUGCAAGUCUCUGGAAGUGAUAGAGAAUAGAGCUCCAAAUCUUUGCUUUGUUCGCAUUGAUGGUGCUGUAGAGAAACUUCCGGUUGGAGAUUUAUUGCAAAUGAAGAGACUACACAUGUUGGAUUACUACGAAUCUGACCUUGUUCAUGAUGCUCGUUCCAAGCUUCCAUUCAUUAUGCCAAAUCUUGAAACCCUCAACCUAUCUUCGGCUGGAGAGAUGUUUAAUACACCAAUCUUAACUGUCAGAUUCCUCUUCCUGAAGAACCUGCUGAUUGAUCUUAAUGCAGAUAGGGGGGCUUUUCCCCAUCCUAUGAUUAUUUUUCUCUAG